UAUAGGAGGCAGUGGGAAAAAUCGCUAAAGUUAAUGAUUGGCAAGCGGUGUGUUGUGAUAUUUGUUUAUAAUAUUUGUAUGUAAAUUAUACAGACGUGUUUCAUUUUAUGAAAACAUUUCACCGAUACUCUUACAUUCCAAUAGCAACUGCUACUUCUCUGUUCGUAGACUGAAAGAACGAUGAUGUAUUUGCCUCCAGCGACAGAAAAUGGGCAGUAUGAGUGUAGGCUGAUUCCAGAACGUUGAGGAGGAAGUAUUAUGAAUUGUGUGAAUACAUGCAAUAGCGCAAAAUGAAAUAACUUUGUUAUUUGCUCAGGAGUCUUCAGCACCUCGGUACUCUGUUUAGCCCGUGUGUGUAGCUUUCCGUUUAAAAGGUGACUGGCUGGAUCAAUGAAAGAAGGAAUUGCGUAGGUGAAAGACUAUUUUUUGAUGCUCCCAGUGGAAAGUAGGGAUGUACAUCAAACUAAAAAACAAGUUCAGUUUAGUGUUCCUUGUGUAAUGUAGAGACUACGCAAGCUGUAAGAGCAAUUACAGUUGUGAGGGCCUAUAAAAAUUGUUAUGGGCUGGACAAGUGACGAAGAAGGUGAAACUUCAGCCCAUGCAUCGGAAUCAGACAGCCUUGAAGAUUUGCGACCACUAAAAAAGGCAAGAUAUGUGUGGCAGAUUAAAGGAAAAUAUCACCUAAAAAAGUCAGAGGAGGAACGUUCAGUUAUACGAGGAGGCCCUGUACGUUGCACAUGCAGUGAGUUUCCAAGUACAAGUAAAGAUGCACAUGUGAUUGAUCAGCCUCCAGAUAGGAAGCCGACAGUAUCUGUAAAUCCAUUCUUUGGCAUUUACCCAGUGGAGAUGCCACAACCUCACACACAAAAUGUAUGGCAGCUACACAGAUGGCAAGCAAGGCAAGUGGCACGCUGUUUUGUAGACAACACUAUAAAUCGUGUUCUUGAAGACAUGGGCUUGGUACCACUGCCUCCUGGAAAUGUUCCUCCUCCACCACUUCUCGAGGAUGGCACAGAGCAAAGUUCAGUCGACAGCAGAGGAGGUGGACAUACUGAGCUAGAAGAUGAAGCUGUACUGAUGGCAAUACACAGUCAUGGUCUGCAGCGGCCUUCCACGUUGACUCAGCAGCAGCGUCACCGGCAGACAGUUCCUGUGUGUUCAGCCCCCACAGAGCCUGUGGUAGCUGAACAUGGUGAUUUCCUGGAUGCAGCAGUGGCUGUUGCUAUUGAAAAGAAAGGACUUGGUACUUUAGCAGCUGCCACUACUGCAGCUACUGCCGGUGCUGAAACUGGAUGAUACAACUGAUAUGUGUUAAGCACCAUACUCUUCCCUCUGCAGUUGCUUUUCAGCGGUUUGAAUGACAGAGUUAUGGAGAUACUAAAUGACGGCCAAAGAAUUUGUGGAGCCUCUCAAAUAGUUUAGCUUUCUUUGUUACAGAGAAGUUGAUGACCUGCAGUGAAAUUAAAUGUAAAAAAAAAAAAGAUCUAAAUUACUAACUGCUUACAUAAUUUCAGUGCUCAUUUAAUAUGAAACAUUAAUGUAGCUACUUAUAAGGAUGUAUACUUGAACAUAUACAUGAAUGAGAAUGCUUGGAUGAUAGGUAAAAUUUUCAUUUAUAUUUUGAUAAUACCAAUUGGGAAGGUAGACAAUGAAGAAACAUUGCAAAACCAAUAUUUAUUGUUCAGAGCAACCCACUGCACAUUAUACGUCACAGGUAUAGAUACUGUACAUUAACUUCCUUAGAUGAUGAUUGUAUACGGGGCACUAAUACUGUUCCAAUAUUGGAACGCACUGGGACAGUUUCAUCUGAUGAUCUCUCACUUAAUUGUGUUGAGAAAUAUUUAUAGCAUGUAGUUGUGACAUACUGUUCCUAUGGCUAUCUAUAUUUGUAAUUCUUUAUUACAGCUACAAAUGAAGUUUCUUCUAAGGGCUUCUUUCAUAUAUGGACAGCUUACCUAGGAGCUUUAGAUAUGCAUUUGGACAAAUGUUUUUCUGAGAAUAUAGUGUGUGAUGUUAUACUUAACAGUCAGUUGCAGGCAUCAUAGCAAAUUACUAGAAGAUGCUACCGGGUAUGUGUUAUGGGAAUUGCAGCAGUGAAAAGGCAUGUCAUUGCUUUCUUUGCAGUACCAGCAGACAGAAUGAUUUUUCUGUUUCAUCUUGUUCAUUGUGACUGCUUUCUGUAAAUUUCUGAAACACUUGUGUAUACGACUAAGUGAAUAAACAGAUCUUUGCAUA